AUGAUGUGUGCUCUAUAUUUGCCUGUUAGUCCACAGAUUUCGAUGGUAUUCCCACUGUUGGCAAAAAUCUUCAAUGCAAUUGUAUGGUGUUCUCAACCACUACUCUACACCGAGUCAACACCGACCGCCGUUCGAAAUGUGUUUUGCGGCGUAGCUGGCUUUCUUGGCGACUUGGGAUCUGUUCUUGCUCCAUACUUGAAGAGACUGGAAGCAAUCCACAAAUCGGCUCCAACGUUAUUGAUAGCCAUGAUGUCGAUAUCAUCCGCUGCGCUGGUACUUCUGAUGCCGGAAACAAAAGACCGAAAAUUGCCGGAGGACAUUGAUGAUUUCGAACUUGGACCCUUAUUACAUUGUUUGAAAAAGCCGAAGAAGGAUACGAAAGUAGAAGAGAGUUCACCCAUGAUCACAUUGGAUCCUUCACGGUCGGACGACGUCACAGGGAAAAAAUCAUUCCGAACGUAA